AUUAUCAGUGCUUUUUUCGGUACAGUAACAGACUUUAUACUUUCGCCCUGCACAGACGCUGCGACCAUCACCUACGAGAUCAAGAAUGACAUCGCCGUGGUCAAAUUCAACGAUCCCAACUCUAAGGUCAACUCCCUGUCGGAGUCCUUCAUGCGAGAUGCCGAUCGCGUCUUUGGCGAACUGCGAACCGCUCCUAUCAAGGGCAUUGUUCUUAUCAGUGGAAAGUCUGACUGCUUUGUCGCCGGCGCCGAUAUCAACAUGCUCGAACGGUGCAAAUCUGCCGCCGAGGCGGAAUCACUGGCGAGGAACGGCCACCGGUUCUUUGACGAACUGGAGAACAGUCCCAUUCCUAUAGUUGCCGCCAUCAAGGGCUCCGCUCUGGGAGGUGGUCUCGAGUUGGCACUGGCGGCACACUACCGAAUUGCGGUCAACGAUAAGAAGACCACACUUGCUGUUCCGGAAGUGAUGCUGGGCCUUCUGCCCGGAGGCGGUGGCACUCAGCGAUUGACUCACCUGAUCAAUGUGCCUGAUGCUCUGCAGAUGAUGCUCAUGGGCAAGAACAUUCGUCCGGCAAAGGCAAAGAAGAUGGGCCUCGUUGACGCUAUCGUUGAACCACUCGGACCCGGACUUGAUUUUCCCGAGGCGCGAACGCUUGAGUACCUUGAAGAGGUGGCUAUUGAUACGGCGUUGAAACUGGCAAAGAAGGAGCUGAAGAUUAACCGAAAGCGACCACUCUCUGAAACUCUUCUGCGCAAGGCACUUGGCUACCAGUUUGUGCGAGACAAAGUGCUCGGCAAGGCACGCGAAACUGUGAACAAGUUUGCGAAAGGCAACUACCCGGCUCCGCUUAAAAUCAUCGAAGUGGUCGACUCGGCACUGUCCAAGUCUCGUGCCGAAGGCUUUGCCCAUGAGGCUCGUGCUUUUGGCGAGCUGACACAGACAACCGAGUCAAAGGCACUGAUCGGCCUGUUCCACGGACAGACCCACUGUAAGAAGAACCACUUUGGUGCGCCCAAAAAGAAGACGGAGACGAUUGCUGUGCUGGGUGCUGGUUUGAUGGGUGCCGGAAUUGCACAGGUGACCAUUGACAAGGGCAUUAAAACGCUGCUGAAGGACACCACCCAAACUGGACUGGUUCGCGGACAGGAGCAGGUCUUCAAGGGACUGGAGAGCAAGUUGAAGAAGAAGCAGAUCGGUCUUCUCGAGAAGAACCAAAUUUCGGCGAACCUCCUGCCCACGCUGAACUACGAUCAGUUUAAGAACUGCGACCUUGUCGUGGAAGCCGUCUUUGAGGACAUCAAGGUGAAGCACAAGGUGCUCGCCGAAGUGGAGGCGGUCACCCGAGAUGACUGCAUCUUUGCGUCGAACACCUCUGCACUGCCCAUUUCUCAGAUUGCCUCUGCCAGCAAGCGACCCGAGAACGUCAUUGGCAUGCACUACUUCAGUCCAGUGGAUAAGAUGCCACUGCUGGAGAUUAUCACCACCGAUAAGACGAGCAAGGAGGCCACAGCUGCUGCCGUAGACCUUGGACUGCGCCAGAAAAAGGUUGUCAUCGUGGUAAAAGAUGGGCCAGGAUUUUACACUACCCGGUGCUUGGCGCCCUCAAUGUCGGAGAUUAUCCGCCUGCUGCAGGAAGGUGUCACGCCGAAGGAUUUGGAUAAGAUCA